UCCAACGGUCAAAAUACGUGAAAAACGUAAACAAACAAUUAUUAUUAACUUAUUAAUUACUGAAAAUAAGUGUGUUUUAUCCGUGAAACUAAUUAAAAGGUUUAAAAUAAUUGAGAGCAGCAGAUAUACGAAAUAUAUUUGUUAUUCAAUUGAAAAAUCGUUGCAAAAUUAAAAUUUAACCCACAUAACCUCAAAAUACUUGCAAAUUGCAUAACAAAAGUAGAAAAUUAGUUAAAACAAUAAUUAUUGUUGCCGUAUAAUUAUAAAUAGUGGUAAAAAAUCGUCAGUAAAUAUAUUUUCUUGUAUUUUAUACUAUAUUUUUAAUGCAUUAUACAAAAAAUAAGUAACAAUUAAACCGGCUUAAUAAAUCAUGGGCGAAGGUAUAAAUAAUUUUAUUAGAAUGACACAUUUUUGGAAGAGGAGAAAAUAUAAACAUUUUUAGUGGAACAAAUUGAACUUGAAAUUUGACUUUUACAAAUAAUGCAAUUCUGAAUGAAUAUUGAGGGGAAUUUUCUCAUUCAUUAGAACGAACAGGAAGUCCAUAUCCUCCGUUAUACAGGAAAAGACGAACAAUUGAGUUUUAUAACAAUUUGCACAUAUUGGAAAAUAUUUUUUCAAACUUCGUGGACCAAUCGCCAAGAGUUGAGUGUCAUGUCGAUUAAAAAAAAAAUUAAUUCUCUAUUGAAUGUCUCGAGUCUUGAAUAAUCGUCGCCCUUACAAUUUAAAACAUUUCACCGUCCAGAAUGAAAAUAACAAAAGAAUUUGUUUCAGAUUUUCAAAAUGUUUGCUCGAGGGAAGGAACAAGAUUAUUUUAAUUUUACUCUCCACUUUUUUUAUCAUCACAGUUUCGUCGACGAUUCAUUGUAAUUCUCAUCCUUGUGUGAAUGGUAUCUGUUUAGACGAAAACAACAGCUCAUACUCGUGCUACUGUAUCGAUGGCUAUACGGGACUCAACUGUGAAAUUAAUUUUGAUGAUUGUUGGUCUAAUCCUUGUGAAAAUGGUGCUACAUGUUAUGAUGCUGUUGCAGCCUACAAUUGUUCAUGUCCUGAAGGCUUCGUCGGUUCUAAUUGUGAGCAAAAAUACAGCGAAUGUUUAAAUCAACCGUGUCUGAAUAAUGGAACUUGUGUGGAUUACAAUGGAUUUAUGUGCCAAUGUCCUGAAGGAUAUUCAGGCGAAUAUUGUGAAAUUGAUGUUUCCGUUUGUAAUGAAACAAUUUGCAAAAAUUCCGGCGAGUGCGUGGAAGGCCCGGGAUCGACAUUUUCUUGCCGAUGCCCAGAAGGAUGGACUGGAGAAUUUUGUGAAGAAGAUAUAAACGAAUGUCUAGGAUCACCCUGUCAAAAUGGAGGCCUUUGUAUAAAUAUUCCCGCAUCUUACACUUGCGCUUGUUUAUUCGGUUUCACCGGAAAAGAUUGUGAUAAAGUGAUUAUUCUCUGCGAUCCAAAUCCUUGCAAGAAUAAUGCAAUUUGUCUAUUCGAAGAUUUUCAACCGAUUUGCUACUGUGUUCCCGAUUAUCAUGGCGUUCUUUGCGAAUUAAAAUAUGACGAUUGUGCGGCAAAAUUCGCCAAAUGCGAAAAUGGAGGCACCUGUAUCGAUGGAAUCAAUUCAUUCACCUGUUCCUGUCCAAUUCAAUACUCCGGCGAAAUGUGUAAUGAUUAUAUUGGUUUUAAUUUUUCGACAAUUCCCCCUGAGAUUGAUGACAAUUUCUCAAAAUCAAGACCAACGACAAUGCCAAGUGAAACGACGAGUGUUACAAUUUCAUCUGAAAAUGUUAUCACAACACCACCGACUUUUAUCGAUUCAAAUGAAAUUAAUUUCACCGACAGUCCUCCGUUAAUACCAAUCACGAAAAGUGUUAACGUAACAAUUGACAUUGUCAGUCCAACAAUUCCUAGCACUGUCAUGGGUCAGGUGACACCGAAACAAAAUGAAACUAGUUUUGGUAAUUUUUCAACACAAACGACAACGGAAAUUUAUGGGAAAAGUUUUAAUGGUAAUACAAUUUUUAUAGAAGAAACGAUAACAUCUGGUUUUAAGACAAUGCCAAUGACAACGACGAUUUCAUCGAAUUUUUCCAUUUCAACGACUGAUCAGAAGAAUUUAUUGGAAACGACAAGUCCCGAGGAAAUGACAACGAUUGAGGAUAAAAUGCCAAUUUUAACAACGACAAUGAAAUCAGUGUCGGUAACAUCUUCCACUGAAUCGAGUAUUUUAACGAGUGAACUUUCAACAUCAUUCAAAAGUUCAAUUACAACUGAAGAAUCAUUUCCAAAAUCGACUUUUACAACUUUUGAAAGUAUCACAAUUACACCACCUACUGAUGGCUAUUUAUUUGCCUGUAAUCUUCAACAAUGUGCCAAUACCAGUCUUUGUUUGUUUAAUUUCACAAAGUGCGAUUGCAGUUAUGAAAACAAUUGCAAGCUAACUUCGAGUAUAAAAAAUGCCGCAUUCAAUGGAAAAUCCUACAUAAGACAGCAAGUGCCUUUUGCAAAAAAUGACACUUUUCAUAUUGCAUUGACAAUCAGAACAAAAGCGAAGAGUGGAAUUAUUAUUCAUGCAUUUUUCGAUGACGAGAGAUUUAUUUUACUCUACGUAGAAAUGGGACAAUUGAAAUUUCAAUUUUCCUGCGGUCUUCAAACAAUGCUUUUUGGAGAAAUUGACUCGCCAAUCAAUAAUGGUUUUAAUGUUAAUAUUGAAAUGAGAUUUCACUAUAUAGUGGAGGAAAAAACAGAUAAAUGCUCAGCGACAUUAUUAUUAAACAAUACAAUGGCAAUGAGUGGAGAACAAAUUUUGCCGUCUCACGAAAUUGUACCGCAAAUCGCGAGACUUCAUUUAGGUGGCAUACCCAUUGCAUUUACUUACAAUUUACCGGAAAUUGCACUAGGAUUUCUUGGCUGUAUGAGUUCACUGAAGAUAAAUAAUAUUGACAGAAAUUUUGCGACAGAUUCAAUUGAAAUAUUCCAAGUAGAAGAAUGUACAUCAUUUUUGUGUUUAUCAAAUCCUUGCAGUAAUUCUGGAGCCUGCGAGGAAAUGGACGGAACAAUUCGUUGCAAAUGUCCACUGGGCUUUUCAGGUGAUUUUUGUGAAAAAUCCGCAUGCGACAAUAAUCCGUGUCAUUUGGGGGCGACUUGUAUAACAUAUCCAGGAACAACUUUUCUUUGCAUUUGUCCUCUUGGAAUGCAUGGUCUUUAUUGCGAAGAGGAUUUUGCGAUAUUACAACCAUCUUUUUCAACAUUCAUGUCGAGUUUAUCGUCCUAUAUGGCCUAUGGUGUUCCUGCUAGUAUAAGAGAUGGAAUGGAAUUAAAAUUCAGCGUAUUGCCUCACACUGUCGAGCAAAUUUCUCUAAUCGCUUAUUUAGGACAAUCAGGAACUCGAGCUGAGAUAACUGAUCAUUUUUCAGUAACUUUUGUUCGUGGCUAUAUAAUGCUGACAUGGGAUUUAGGUUCUGGUAUUCGAAGAAUAUUUACCGACAAGCCUUUGAAUAUGAAAACUCAAAAAGUUCAUAUUUUGCGAGUUGGGAGAAAAGGAAGAGAGGCUUGGCUCUCAAUCGAAGGCAUUGGAAAUAUAUCUGGAGAAACUCCUGGUUCUCUCACAAGAUUAGACGUCGCACCGAUACUUUACAUUGGAGGUCACAAAUCGAAGAAUUUUGAAAAUCUUCCUCACGAUUUGCCCCUUCAUACGGGAUUUUCGGGUUGUAUAUACGAUAUCGAAUUACGCACAGAAGAUAAUGUCUUCCCAAUUACUAAAUCGAGUCCAGCGACCGGAAGAGGUGUCGGCGAAUGUCAUCGUGUCGAAUGUUCACACAAUUCAUGUAAAAACGGUGCCGUUUGCUUAAAUCACGGUCCAACGUACAGUUGCAUCUGUAUGAAGGACUGGGAAGGAACCGAUUGCUCGAUACCUUCAGUGAAUUGUACUUCGUCAAAGUGCCAGAAACUUGAUAACUAGCGAUUUUAAAUACGUACAAAAUUAAAAAAAAAGAAAAAAGCGCCAAUUUAAAUCAACUGAGAAGAUUUGGUAAGCAUUUU